ACACAAACCGUGCAGGGACAGAGAAGACACUUGAACAAUGUCUUACCAAGCGUUUAAUAGCCGUCUUUCCAAAGAGGAACGAGACUUUUACGAAAUGAAAAAUGCAGCUGCGGAGUUUUACCGCGUUAACAGAGUCCCCCAGGACAUAGAGAGAGCCCUAAACGAGCUCUUCCUCCACCAGCCCGGAGACGUUCACGGUUACCUGGCAGAUUACUUUACAAACCUCUCGGCACCACCAAGAAUCAGCAGAUUGAAGGGAAGGAAGGUUUAUGAUGCAAGAGGACAACUUUCUGUUGAGACAGAGGUCUACUGUAUUGUCUGCAACAAGGAAAAGAGCAUGUCCUCAGCUGCUGUCUCCAGCCACUUGGUCCCUAAGGAGUCUUCACUGAACUGGAACUCUGAGAGUCAAGAGAGGACUGAACAUGUGAUGACUGCUGUACAGUGGAUCAAUGAACCUCUGAACAGCAUGCUGAAGGACCAAAAUCCGUGUGACCAGUCAGAAAUUGACCAUAUACUCAGCACUUUCUUCAUGGCUCGCUUCUUGGAGGAAAAAGACAUCUGGAACAGGGAGAAACAGGAACUUCGCAGUGAACCUGAGAUGGCUCAUUCUCCAUCACCUCCACAGACUAAAGACAAGAAGAUCAUUAAUAAAGGAAAAAAGAGUAAUAUUGUGGAGAAGCAGGUUCCUCCAGCAGAGCCACCAGAACCAGUUGUGCGUGGAAGCUUGGCCAUUGGCUCAGUGUCGUUGGCUGUGGCCAAAAGUGGGGCACAGAUACAGGGCAUCUGUCUGUACAAAUACAUAGCAGCUCUAAAGAACCAAGAGGCUCCAACACAGUUUCACAUCCCUGUGUCCUUGGUGACAUUGCUCACCUGUGGAAAGACCUCUCUGGGAAAACUGAAUUUACUGGAGGAAGUGAUCCUGAUCCCCAAAGUGGGACAACAAGUCAAACAAAUCAUCACAAUGACUCUCGAUUUACAGAAGGAGAUGAUGAGAAUAAUGAACACUUUGACAAAUGCCGGGGCUAACGACGCAUUUGUGUGUGAGAGUGGAGCGCUGGCUGUGAGGUACGAGCGGCCAGAGCAGCCUCUGGAUCUGAUCACUGAAGCCUGCAUCAACCUUGAACUUCCACUGGGGACAGAGAUCCAUUUAGCCGUGAACUGUGCUGCUACUGAACUAAUGGACUAUUCUAAAGGGAAGUAUGAAGUUGCAACUGGAGUUCUGAAGUCUCCAGAUGAGUUAGUGGACCUGUACCAAACCCUCAUCAGCAAAUACCCUGCAGUGGUGGCUUUGAUAGAUCCACUUAGGAGAGAGGACAGAGACCAGUGGGAGAAGUUGAGCAGUGUGCUUGGAAACUCAUGUUCACUGCUCUGUGACAUCUCCUACAAGUCACAGGCCCCGCCCCUUCCAGGAGUCGGAGGUCAUAUCUUAAAACACAUCAAUGAGACAACAGUCAGUGACCUGAUCCACAUGGCAUCAGAGCAACAAGGUUCUGUAGUUCUGGGAACUACAUGCAGUGAGCCGUGCAGUGACAGUUCUUUGGCAGAUAUAGCUGUGGGUCUGGGCUUGGACUAUGUCAAACUGGGAGGUCUGAGUGGUGCUGAGAGGAUGACAAAAUACAACCGGCUGAUUUCUAUAGAAGAAGAACUGGCCCAACAGGGAAUCCUGGUCUUUAAGGAGAAGCACCCCCCUCCACUGUUUCCUGCCAGCCCACACAAGCAUUCAGCUACUGCAGAGGAAGCAAAGUCUGCCAUGGAGUGAAGGAGCACAGCUCACAGGCUGAUUCAAAUGGGUCUUCAAAUGUGUCUCAAUGAUAUUAUCAUACAUUUGACUCUCAGAAUUCAGUUCUGCUAUUAUCACUUAUGCCCACCUAUACAAUAUGCUUAAAUGAUUAUAAACAGUGUGCAUCUAUCUAGGUUUGCAAUUCUUUUAUAUUUAAAACUCUGUU